AUGCGGUUCACCAGUCUGGCCGCCAUGGGCCUCAUGGGGUGUGCUCUCGCUCUGCCAGGCCCUCACAACCCUCCCAACGGACUGCAGGAAAGGGCCACCCGCACGCGCACCAUCGAUAUUACUGGGCCUGCAGGCAUCACUCCGAUACCUUCUCACCAACCAAGUGACCGGCCAAUCCAUUCGUCUGCUCCGAGCGGCAGCGCUGGUGGGGGUUUAUCUGGAGGUCAUGCGUCUGGGGAGGAUAUCCCUGAAUCCGUCAAGAAGGCUCAACAGAAGCUUGUUCAUGAUCUGGAAAAGGGUUCAUCAGCAGAAGAGCUCCAGAAAGAUGUCAACAACAUCUGGUCCGCAGAAUUGGCCGAGUAUUCCUCCACCCACGCCAAGUACACAGUCGUCCCUGUUCCUCAGGGUAAUGCAGGGAGUGAACCAGCCAAUCCUACUUCCUCCAGGCGGCCUAGGCCAGCAGGACAACGUCGACCCUCUGCACGGCCUAAGCCCUCCGGGCAGCCCACACCCUCCGCAGCGCUUACAUUCCCCGGUGGACAGGGGGGAGAGAGAACAGCGACUGCCUCCAUGUGA